AACUUUUCUAGCGUUCCAUAGCUACGAUCUGGUGCAAAAGAAAGAUUAUCGGAAAGGAAAGUUUCGACUAAAUUUCUGCCCUGUUUCUUGUCGUAUUCGUAAGGAAGUAAUUUGUAGGACAAUCAGAAGAUUGUGUUUGCUGUAGUGAUAUCAUGCAUUGAAGUUUGGGACUCCGAAGUGUAAACACAUGCAUGCAUAAAAUACGCUCGUCGUGACUCUGAGCUGUGCUCGCUUAGCCUUUAGUUUUGUGUACAAAGUCAAUGGGAUGGGAUUCGGGAUCCGGGAGCUCGCCUGGAAGACCAGCGCUUGACCAACCUAUAUGGCUAUAACGGUUAGAAGUUGAAUUGAUGAAGCAUUGACGAAACUGGUUACGAUUAGUUAAUUCCAGUACAAGAUGGCUCAUUUAUCUCUAUUUAAAAGCCGAAGUAAGUCUGUAAAAAACUCUGCUAGAAAAACUUCUUGCUGGGAAGAAAUUCUUCAAAGUUUGAAAGAAUUUGCAGAGAAGAUUGAAAGGAAUGACAGAAAUAUCAAACAAUGGCAAGUGCUUGCAGACAGCAUCACUUCAAAAACCCAACAAGCUGUAAAAGGAAUUUCAGGAAGUACUGCUUCACGGAACAGCUCAAAUAACAAAAGACCCAGUCAGGGUAUUCUAGAUGAUUUAGUAUCAAGAUUUUGUUGGGUCUUCUUUGAGGCAGCCAUUGAUGUCAAGCUCGUCAGGAAACUGCAUAAGGGUGCUCAAGCUUUAUCAGAAGUUUGUCCUAAGUUAGCUGAUGUCAUUGAUUGUCAAUUUGUGGUUUUAGUCUCAGAGAAUGGUGGCUUGAUGAAGAACAUUCAAGCAUCCAAAGUAUCCAACCUUCUAGAAGGGAGCCCAUUAGUACAUAGCCCACUUGCAAAACAUUUCCCACAAUUCCUUGCCGCCAUGAACCGCACGACAACAUCCUUGAUAGCAGAGGUUUCAUCCAAUGUCCCUGGGACUGCCCUACACCCCGAUGUGACGGCAUGCUGCUCAACAUUGUCCAAACUAGCCUUACAGAUGUGCCAGCUUGUCCCUCUGCAGCUUGGUGGGAUUCUUGAUGGUGCCCAAGACAGGGUUGGAAGUGGACAGGAAGGAGAUUUGGUAUUCCAGCUGUCGGGUCUGGUUGGGAAUCUUGUCAUCAUGAUGUGUAGUAAGAAAUUUUCCAGAGAGAAUGGUUUAAUGUCUGGUUGUGCUGUUGGAAUGCUCUUCAACUCCUCACCCACUCCUAAAUAUGCUGUUUCCAUGGCAAUAAAUCUUCUUCAUUCCUUCCACCAAGGAAGCUCGCAGUCAAUCACGGACUUCAACUCAGAUCUAGGCUUCUUCAACAGACUGGUAGGCCCUCCUUUCCAGGAUUUCAGUCCACCAGAGAAGGCGUUUGGAGCUCUGUGCCUUGCCCGCGGUCUCAUCACAUGUGGAGAUGUCAAAAUUCUUCUGGAGAGAAUACCCACAGGGGAGGGUGAUAAUGAAGGUCAAAUCUUCUUAAUUGGACCUCUCCUGACCGUUACUCAAGAACUCCUAAGCAGCCAAGAUACACCUGAAUUUCACUCCAUACAGUUGUUCACUCUCUGGCUUCAGUGUGUCCAGCGUCACCUUCAGCAUCUGCGGUCCCUCCUGAACAACAACGCCCAGAGGUUCUUAACAAGGUCUUCUGAUGUGGUUCAACUAGUCCUCAGCUGUAUCUGGAGACAUUGGCAUAGUCCCAUAGAUGGAGUGCCAGAACAGAUCAGAGCUUUGUUCAGUUCUCUAUUGGACUCUUAUAAAGCAGAAAGCCAUCUCCUCAACUCUUCUGAUACUCAGCUGUUGACAUACCUGGCCCAAGAACUGCUAGGAUCACCCAUUCAUCUGAAAGGUCGCUACACCCUUCUAUCUACCCUGAUCCCUCACCUAGGGGCUACGGCUGUCCUGGACCUUCAUCCAAGAUUAUCAAGGGAACUCUUAUCUUGCUUAGAUACACACCAUCUAGUCUUUGCAGCCAAUGAGACAUAUAAGACACUUAUAUCAGGGAUAAAGUCAGAGCUAGCCCAGGACCCGGCUGUGGUCCAAGGUGAAAGGAAGGAAGAAUUCAAGGAGACUGCAUUAAAGAUUUGGGCAAAACAUUUCCAAGAGGUUGUUAUUACUGGCCUCUGUAGUAAUAAUGCACUUGUCAGGAACAACAUUGCCAAUACCUGGCUGCCAGCCACCUUCAAAAUAUUUCCUGAAACAUUUCCUAUGUUGCUGGAUGUGAAUGUGAUAAUGAGAGGUGGUCACGAUCAAGAGGCACGGAAUCUUCAUAGAAAGAUCAUCCUACUCAAGCAAGCUAGAACUUGCAAGAUUCUACAAGGGCAGGAGUGGAUGCAACAUCACUUAGCCACCUUAGAAGAAGCAGCACACCAUCAUAACGAUGACAUCCGAGGUGAUACUAUCUAUCUGGUAUGCCACUCACCAAGAACUGCUGAACCUGUUGACGAAGAUGAGACCCGGCUCGUGAAGACCCUGGUCAAGAACUGCCUAACCACGGAUGAUACCUCACUGAGAAAUCAGUUGAGGAUCAGCAUGAAGGCAUUGAUCUUUAGACUGAGAGACAGCAGUCUUGCUUGGCUCAAGAAGAUCAAUUCUGCUAUGGCUUUUGCUGCAAGCAGUGUGGACAGUGGGACUGAAGAGUUGUCACCAGCAACUAAAGCUCUCCAGACCAAUCUCCAGUCAGCAGUAGACCUGAUGGACUGGCUCCUAGAGGAGAGCUUCUCCCUCUUCCCUGGUGCUUGCUACCAGAGGAAAAGGGCUUCACUAGAUCUCCUACGUCUCAUCUAUGAGAAUCUAUCUGAUGGCAAACAGACCGAGUUGAAUAAUCCAAGCAGUGCUGCACUUUCAGCUGCAUCCAAGAAACUUCUUUCAUGGAGUCGGGAUAUCGGUAAAGUGGAUCUCUUUUCUGAAAGGAAUGCAUCUCUGUUAGUGAACAGCCUGUUGGAUUCCUCCAAUGACAUUCGGUCGUCUGCUUACGACCUACUGAUAGGGUACUUUCCGUGGCCCCUCCCUUCAUCACCAGCCUAUCCCUGGUCUAGACCAUCAGAGAUCCUGGUCCAAGGCAUGAAGCUCAUCUGUAGUCCGAAAUUCCAUGAAUGUGAGGCCGGGGCUAUGCUCUGCAAACUCUCCUUCCACAGACAAAUUGUUGAGAGAGAAGGUUUAGAUGACCUCGUCAAACCAUCUAAGAAUAAGUCAACUACCUCUGGCAAAGCCACCAAAUCAUCCACUCUUGAAAGUCCUGUCCAGUUUGUAUUAAGUUUGAUGGAGAGUCUGAGAUAUCAAGUUAAAUGUGCAAAGAUUAAUAUUCUCAGAGCAGCUGCUCUUACACCUAUGCAUGGCAUUAUUAUGGCAAUAAGGAAGUGCCUUACAGAAGACACCAGAAUCUUUCAUCGGCUUGUCACCGAUGAACCUGAAACAUGGCAGGCUAUCGUUAAGGAACUCAACACAAUGCUACAUCAGAUCAUCAUGUUCAUCCUUGAUCUGUUAGCAGGAAGGACAAAGCAAUCAGAGAGCAAAGAUGAAGGAUUAAUCUUGCAAGAUUUUGUAGCAAAGGAUGUCGGUGCAAAGACAAAAGAGGCGGAUAGUGUAGCCAUGGAAACGGGGAAUGAAAAUUCUUCAGCCAGGCAAGACGUAAGCAUUCCUACCCAUGAACCUGACACAGUGAUGGACACCGCUCCUACCAGCAAUAAAGGAUCUGAAUUGAGAGAGGGAGCACCAGGGAUGCCUUCUUCAGCUUCCAAGGAUGGGGAACUGAGUCACUUGUCACCAUCCUUUGGUAAGAUGGGAGAGGAGAUUGAGAAGCUGGUGACAGACUUUGGAACAGAAGAUGACGAUGAUGGAGCGGGAGCAUUGUCUCUGGAACAUCAACUCAUUCUCUCAUGCUGUUGGCUUACUCUAAAGGAAUCUAGUUUACUCAUGGGUGCUCUUGCUGAAGUUUCUUCCCCUUCUGGAGCUUACCAGACUAGGCUUCUAGACAGGCAGCAGUUCGAGCUUAUGUCCAAAUCACUUGUGCAGAUACUCACAAAGUGCCGUCAUAAAGGAGCUUUGGAAGGAUGCAAGAUAGGAUUCUUCAAGGUUUGUGCUGCCAUGUUAUCUUGCCCAGACUCAGACAUAGCCUCUAUACCCAAGUCCCUCCUGGACCUGGUCUUGACUGUCAUAACCACUACAGCUUCCUCUACAUCUUACACCAAGAAGAGUGCUGGUUUGCCUCCAUUGGUAGAGUCUAUCAUUGUAGCUGAGCCCAGGGGUAGAGAGAGACACCUGCUGAAAUACGUCAUGACCAAACUCAUGGAGAUAGCCCAACAACCUCUUCCUACUCAGCCUGAUGCUAAGCAAGAUCUGCCUCAGUCCCAUGCAUUGAAUAUCAUGAAGUCACUCUUUGUGAACUCGUCCCUUGCAUGGGAAGUACUACCAUACGCAGAAGAAGCUAUCCAACUAGCCAUUGAUGGGUUUGCAUCUAGCAACUGGAUGGUGCAAAACUCGAGCAUGCAGUUGUUGGGAUCGUUGAUUGCCCGGAUCUUUGGACAGAAGAAGGUCCAGGACGAACAUUCUCAGGUCAACACUCUCUCUGCUUCAGAGUUCUUCCAGCGAUAUCCGCGGCUCCGCCUCUACCUCCUACAGGAGGUGAGGAAGGCUGCUGCACUCCAUCAGCGUGGAUCCAGCAGUGCUCCUGAAGGAGGAAGGCUCCAUCUCGUUCCGACCCUUCAUCCUGUGCUCCUUGUCCUGACCAAGCUAGGUAGUGGUAUUACCACGGAGGGACAGAAAAGGGAGCUCGAGGAAUUUAUAGAACCUAUCUGCUCCCUUGCCUCAAGCCCGGUAUACUCGGUAAGGGACCUUGCUUCAAGGGCCAUACUACCACUGUUGGCUCAAAAUGAAGAAGUCUCCAACAUGGCCGCCCAGCUGUUAGACACCAUUCCCCCAUCAAGUACUUCCCUUAUCGCAAGUCAGAAUCGUCUCCAUGGCAACCUACUAUUGAUUCAAAGGCUACUCACAUCAUGUAUUAAUAAGAAAAGCCUGCAAGAGGAGAAGGUUCAAGAACUGACAGAUAAAUUCAUGAGUCGCCUCUGGGUAGGGUCUAGCCGGAACCCUUGUCCUAUCACCAGGGCUCUAUUCAUGAAGAUCUGUACCCUUUGGUGGGAAAAUGCUUUCCCUAUCAAACCCAACUGUGUGACAUCACUCAUUGUAAAGUCUAUGAAUAUUCAUGAGCAGUUCUUUACUAGUUCGCCUUCAUUCCAGGUUGGGCUGUCAUAUCUGGGACAAGAAAUGACCGCUUCCUUCAUCUCCAUGUCAGAGUUCAUUCCUGACCAGAUCAGUAACCUUUCAUCCCUGACCCACAUCCUUCUGACCCAUGACCUAUCAGAGGUCAGGGAAUUGGCCUUGAAGUACAUGAUUGACAAUAUGACAUCCGCAGCAGAGCUCAGCAUGGAGACACAAGCCAGCGGCCAAUUCCAGGUCCUGGAACUACUUCUUGAAGAGGAUAGCAUGAACUGUGUUACCCUUGCUCUUGAUCUAUGGGUGGGACUGAGCAAGUAUAUUGAUGCCAAAGCAGCAUGUGAUUUACAGCCUUUGUUGGAAUGUCUGUUGGGAAUGACAGCUACUCAAAUUCGUGAGAUGAGUUUCUGUGCUGUAGUCUUACCAGCUUUGAGCAUAGCUCUUCGGCUUAAUUCAGAUAACUUCAAGAAUAUGAAUCUAGAGAUGACCUCACAUUGGUGUGACCUGGUUCUAAAGUGCAGUGACCCCUCCCAAUGUGAGACCGUGCGUCUGUCUGCAGCAAAGUCAUUGAAGCAUAGUGGAGUUCAGGCUCUGAACACAUGUGAUCCUAGCAACAUCACACAUUGUGAUUUUGCCUUUAUGAUAAUGAAAGCAGGAAUGUUACUGCUACAAGAUGAGCAGCCUGAAAUCCGAGAGGAAGCUGCUAGAUUUGCAUCCUUGAUACCAAGAGAGGGAGCUCUACUGAAUGAUGUUCAUGGAAAUCAUCUCCAUUGUAGUACUGGUUUGAAGAUUUUAUUAGACUCUGUAUGUGCCAAGUUCUGCGUCAAUAUAAACUUCUUGGAUACUGUUAUAAGUCUUCUCAUCGGUGAUGCUUUCAUAGUUGAAGAUCUUAUUUAUGAAGAGACUCACAGAGAUUCUUUGAAUCUCUUUGAGCAAGAAAGCGUGAACAUGUAUGCCGAAGGGGUUAUGGAGGCUAACCUUGUGUUUCAUGCCCUCACGGAUGCUAUGAGUGUCUUAGUGGAGCAUAAAGCAGACAUCAUGAGAGAAUGGAUAAAGGACAGAUGGCACUUCAUAGAAUUCAACAUGGCUUCUCUUAUCAAAUACCUAGACAAGCACCCUGUUGCCGCCAAUAGUUUCUAUGCAGGGACAGGCCAUAGUAAACCAUACCAGGCUCUUUAUAGACUACUCAUGUAUGUAUGGCUUCUCCAGACAGCGUCCAUUCUCAUCAAACCACCAAUAGAGGGAGUCCUAGAGGUUAAACAAAAGAUAGAGGGGUACCUGAAAUCAAUGCAAAAGAUGUACUAUGUCUUCCCGCUUCUGAAGGAGUCUAUUCCUACCGAUCUGACUGGAGAAGCACAGUCCCAAGAGAUGGAAUGAUUAAUCUACAAUCAUAAACAAAUAAUGGAUCUUUUAUGAAAGAAACAUUCAUACACUUUAUUGUUGGGUCAUAUUCAUUAUAGUUCUACCACACGUCUUGCUCUACUGAGAUAGAUUUACCAACAUUUUUCUCUCUUAGUAUGCGAAUUUCCUUGCCUCUCAAAAUCCAUCCCAAACCAUGUUUCAUGGUAUUGGGUUUAUGGUUGGGCAAGAAGCCAGUUUGUAGUCAUAUUAUCAACAUGCUUUAGUAUAUAUAUAUAGACAUAUAUAGCCUGGUUAUUGGGCUGAUUUUGCUAUUGGUUGUAUUGGUUUUGUUAUGAGCAAUCAGUCAUUCAAAUCUACUUUGUGAUCGAUUGAUAAGCUUAGUGUAAGUAGGCCCAGGUGGAUAUUCUAUUGCACUAUCACUAGAAAUUACUCAAUUGAAAUAUAUUUUGCUUACUGUGUUUAUCAGAAAUAAUGUUAUUAGUCUACAGUAAUACUAUGAAAAUCAGUACUAAUGUGCCUUGAUGAAGGUUUGGAUACUACUCUCUUUAAAUUUUGUUUUAUUAUUGUGCUCAUACUUGUGGUGGAUCAUUGCUAUGAAUAAAAAACAUCAUAAUAAUAUUUUCUGAAAUUGAGCAUCUUGCGGGGAGCCGGACAAGCUCAUUCAAGAAUACAUGUAUGUGAAUUGUAAUUAUAUACUUAUCUUUGAUUUGUUUCAUCUUCCAUGUACAGUAUAUAAUGAAUAAUUUGUACAAUAUAAUAAAUAAUUUGUACAAUAUAAACUGACAACAUGGUAAAAGGAUCAGAUAAACUAUAAUGGAAGUCCAAAAUUCAUAACCUGGCUACUACAGAAGUCUAAUGAAUUGUAUAUCAUAUGAAGGAAAAAAAUAUAGCCUUUGUUUUUCACCUAGUUGCAAGUUGUGAUUGGUCAUGCUUGAAUGAUUAUGAAGUACUAUGUGAGAUAAUGCAUAUUUUCAGACCAUUAUGUGAUUAUUGAGGUGUAAUUCGCAAUGCUUCAGUGAUCAUGACGUCGUUGUUAAUGUGGAAUUUUGAAUACUUUUAAUUUUGACAGAAAAUGAAAUAUGAAAAAUUAAUCUGACUGCACCCCUGUAAAAAACUCAAUGAUGUAACAGCAAUCAUAAGUCUUUCGUCUAAAAUCGUUAAAGAAAUGCGUAAUACAGACAAUACAAAGAAUUGUACAUCAACUGAGAACAUUUAAUCUCAUCUCUCAGAAAAAAAAAAGAAAUAUGUCAUGAUCAUUGAAGAAUUGCAUGAUAUGCUUUAAUAUUCACAGCAAGGUCUGAAAUUAUGCACUAUUGCAUAAAAUGAAUCAUAAUCAUUCAUGCAUCACUGAUCACAAUUUGAAGCUACAGUAGGUGUAAAAUAAAGGCUAUACUUUUUCUAUUUCAUAUGAUAUACCAUUCAUUAGAAUUUAUUACUGCCAGAUUGGGAUUUUUUUCCCCACAUCAUUCAUGAUCUCUAUUUACAUUGUUAAUGUAUAGUGUACAAACACUAAUAUUCAACUGUGUCUUAAUCCUUCAAAAUAUUAUCUUAAAUAUAGUGAUAUAUAUACAUCGGUUCAUUAAACAUAACAUUUUCUGCUCAAGUCCUUUCUAUAUUCUUUUGUAUAGAUAUACUAGUAUUUUUUAUUUGUUCGAUAAAUAGAUAGACCAUGAAUAUAAGUUAAUUUGUAAAAAGUAAAACAAUAUAACAUUUGUUAUAUGAUAGCGAGGUUUAUGACAUAAAUCAGGGUUUGCAAUAUCAUCACAUAAGGAAAUAUGAUUCUUUUUGUGUCUUUUUAAAUGAAGUAUAACAGCAUUAUAGGCAUUGUAUCCUAAUGGAAAUGUGCUUUAUUGAGUAAUUAUUAUGAUUAUUGUCGUAAUAUUGUAUUUGUUUUGCUUUUACAAUCAAGAAAUGAUAUUUGUUUGAUUGAAAAUGGUGUUCUCCAUUUCGUGUUUUACAUUUUAUUUCUAGUAAGUGAUGUAUACUUUGAAUUCUAUGAAAAGGAUUUCAGGCAUAUUAAAUGAAGAAACAAUGUUUCUGCUUCCAUUAUUGUGCAUGUGUGACGUAUGUGAACAUUAUUACUUCUGUUUCUUCUAUUUUCAUAUCUUUGGUAUACAUGUAUAUUCCUGGGCCCCGUCUUACAAAAAGUUACGAUCGAUCCAAUCAGUCGCAACUCUAUGGAAAUCCAUCAGUGUCAUAAUUUUUUCUACAUAAAAUUUUCAAAAUGUCCUUUGUAAACAAAGACAAACACACCAAAUUGUCAAGAAAAAAAUGAAUUUCCGUAAUUUACGUCAUAUCUAGAAAGCAUUUUGAAUAGUCAUGCAUUUUAGAUGUUGACGUUGCUGGCCGUCCAUAGUUGUGAUUGAUCGGAUCAAUCACAACUAUUUGUAAGACGGGCCCCUGGUAUGUGUUUACCCCGAAUCCCUUUUUCAGGAUUCAUUUUAAGAAAAUGAUACUUUACUACCCAUGUAGUCACUUUCAUGAUCGUAUGGAUGAAAUACUUGAAAAAGACCUCCCCCCCCCCCCUGCCUGUCUUCAACUUUGAUAAAGGGUCUAUUGUUUGAAAUGUACUUGAGUAUUAUCAAACAUUCCAAUCUUAUAUAAACUUUUUGUAGCCCUUUUUUCCCUUUUCAACUGCUGAUUCUCUGUGUAGCUCCCACCAUUGGCAAUAUUUUUGUUUUCCUUCUAAAGGGCUCUUUGAACAUUUAUCUUACAAAUUCAAGGGAAUUGAUAUGUAGAAGCUACACAGAAAGAUUAUAAUUAUGCUGAAAUUUUUGACCUAUUACAUUCUUUGGAAUAGGUUUUAUAUCAAAUAGAAAAAAAACAUGCCGUUAUUUUAUUUUUGAUUGGUCACCCGCUCAGAUUACAUUUCAUGUAUAAUCGCAAUAUAUUUAUCAUGUAAAAUACAUUUUAAUAUCUUAUCCUCCAAUAUCAUACCUGUUAUAGGGAAUACGCAAUCAUAUAAUCUAGCAAUGAAUUGUAAUAGUCAUUACUACAUUUUUGGGGAUUUACCAAAGCUAAAUACAGGCUUAAAUGUAAGCAUCCGUUACAAACAAAUAUAAUUAUGUCAUGCAAAUGAAGAUUUUAAAAAAUAUGAUUAAAUCAUUAAAUUGUCUUCAAAACAGC